AUGACAAGAUUGUCUGGACGUGGCAUGAGGGGUUGUCGCUCCCUCUGUUUCAUCUUCAUCUGUGCCUUUGCCCUGGUAGCGCUGGUGCAUCAGAUCCUUCAUGCGAAGAACCACAUCAAAAUUGGGCAAGAGUUUAGACGGUUGCACAGAGAUGAGGCAGGCAACUGGAGUGGAUUGAACCUGCCAAACAACUCUCCACUGACACCUGCCAGGUAUGGGAGAAUAAGGUCUCUGGAGUCCUCCCAUAGGAUUUUCGAGUUCAAUUCCACAUCGUGUCAAAUGCUGAGGAAGGAAAUCCUGGAUGUGAAGGUCCUCACUAUGGUGAAUAGCUCAGAGUUGUUUGAUAGAUGGAGAAAUAUGCAGGUGUGCAAGUGGGAGCAGAACAAGGAAGAGAUCAACGACUUCACGAUGUCUGUGUCUCAGUGCUGUAAUGCAUCCUCCUUCCUGUUCACCACUAAGCGCAAUACGCCAUUAGGCACGAAGCUGGGCUAUGAGGUUGGAGGAACCCUGAACAUCAACCCUGAGAUAUUUGGCAUGUUCCCUGAUGACAUGCCCUAUUCAAGAUCAGAGUUUAAGCGCUGCGCUGUCGUUGGGAAUGGAGGCAUCAACAUAAACAGCAAAUGUGGAAAAGAGAUAGACUCAGCUGACUUUGUCUUCCGGUGCAACAUUCCACCUGUGUCUCACAAAUACUCUGCCGAUGUGGGAUCGAAGACUGACUUUGUCACCAUCAACCCAAGUAUCAUCAGACAGAGGUUCCAAAUGUUAGAGAAAUGGCGCAGGCCUUUCUACGAAGUCCUGCAACUGUACAACAAUGCCUCCAUCGUGCUGCCCGCCUUCUACCAGGGGGCGGACACUGGCCUCUCCUUCCGUGCCAAGUACACGCUGGAUGACUUCAGGUCACCAGGCAAUGUGUUCUUCUUCCAUCCGCAGUACCUGCUCAACGUGGCGCGCUUCUGGAAGCUGGAGGGGGUGCGCGCCAGACGCCUGAGUACCGGCCUCAUGCUCGUCACCAUCGCCAUGGAGCUGUGUGAGGAGGUGCACCUCUAUGGCUUCUGGUCCUUCCCCACGAACCCGGAGGGUGCCUCCAUCACACACCACUACUACGACGACGUCAAGGCGAAGCCGGGCGUCCACGCUAUGUCGGACGAGCUCUUCCACUACCUGCACAUGCAUGCGCGCGGCAUACUGCACUUGCACACACAGCCCUGCAACUAAUUGCUCAAGGCACUGACCGCAAACAUGGGCCAGCAUGUACACACUCACACACACAGAUGGAUACACAUACAUAGGCACGCA